AUGGCCACCGUGGGGCAGUCCGGGGCCCUGAGGAGGGUCACCGUGCACUACGCCAACUCGCCCACCCGCAGCACGGUGGCAGAGGUGAGCCUUGACGACCUCGACGACGAGCUGCUCCAGUUUGUCCUCGCCGAUCUUCUUCCUGGCCAGGAGGGUUUACACCAAUCGAUCUUGGAAGGAGCAUACAGCAACCAGCAGAACCAUAUGAGAGGUGCAGGACCCAGGGGCCCGUAUGACUAUUCACAGUCACAGGAAUACCAUGGAGAGAGCAGCACUGCUGCAGCAGCAACUGCUACCAGGAAUUCAGGCAUGGAUCAACAGAUCGCCUCAGACUUCGAGUACGCCAAGCAGCUCCAGCAGGAGAUGGAGGACCUCAGCGUCGAAGACGACGACGACGAUAUCAGCUGCGUGCCGUCUCCAUCUGACUCUGACGAUGAGCAUGACCAUCACGAUGAAGAGGAAGAGGCUGACAGGCAGGAUGGUAAUGGUGAUGAUGAUGAUGUUGAUCCAGACAACAUGACUUAUGAGCAAAGACAGGCACUUGUAGAAUCUGUGGGGACUGAGGACAGAGGUUUAUCCGAUGAGCUCAUCUCCUAUCUGGAGCCAUGGAAGUACAAGGCAGUCAAGGCAUCAGGGUUUUUCUCCCAGAAAACAAACCAUGAAGACUGCCCUAUCUGCUUGUCCACUUUCAGAAGCCGUGAGACCAUGAUAACGUUGCCGUGCAGGCAUCACUACCACGCAGCUUGUGUCACCAAAUGGCUCAAGGUCAACAAGACUUGCCCUGUAUGCAAAUAUGAACUGUUUGGACCUUCCUAG